GGAGAGCGCGUCACUCAGGUUUUCCUCGCUGCCAGUCUCCCAGCGUCCCCAGCUUUCCAGGUAGGGACGCCCCCUCCCACGCAGCGCGGUUCAGUCGGGUGGGAAGGAGGGGCUGGCCUCCGAGCGCCCGCCCCUCCAUCUAUCACAUGGCCGGAGAGCCACAAAAACAACAGCUUUGGCCAAGACCGUGACUUCAGGAAAGGAAACCCGGGGCUCUCGCAGCCGGCCCCCACCCCAUGGAGGAGAGUUUUCUUGAAUCCUUUGGGAGGCUGAGCCUCCAGCAGCAGCAGCAGCAGCAGCAACCUCGGCCGCCGGCCCCGCCGCCCCCGCGUGGGACACCUCCGCGCCGCCACAGCUUUAGGAAACAUCUCUACCUCCUGCGAGGCCUCCCGGGCUCGGGGAAAACUACACUGGCCAGACAAUUGCAACACGACUUUCCCAGGGCUCUGAUUUUCAGCACGGAUGAUUUUUUCUUCAGGGAAGACGGUGCCUAUGAGUUCAAUCCUGACUUCCUGGAGGAAGCACAUGAAUGGAACCAGAAAAGAGCCAGAAAAGCAAUGAGGAAUGGCAUAUCCCCCAUUAUUAUUGAUAAUACCAACCUCCACGCCUGGGAAAUGAAGCCCUAUGCAGUCAUGGCACUUGAAAAUAACUAUGAAGUUAUAUUCCGAGAACCUGACACUCGCUGGAAAUUCAACGUUCAAGAGUUAGCAAGAAGGAACAUUCAUGGAGUCCCAAGAGAAAAAAUACACCGGAUGAAGGAACGGUAUGAACACGAUGUUACCUUUCACAGUGUGCUUCAUGCGGAAAAGCCAAGCAGAAUGAACAGAAACCAGGACAGGAAUAACCCAUCACCUUCCGACGGCGCAGGAUACUGGAAUCCCUGCGCGGAGUUUCCCACCCGGAGGGCUCAUGGGGGCUUCACAAACGAGAGCUCCUUUAACAGAAGAGGCGGCUGUCACCAUGGAUAUUAGAGGCCUAUCGUACAGGCAUUCACAAUUUUCCUAAAUCAGUUUUUACCGCAACUUUUGGUAUUUAUUCUUUGUUCAGUUUUAGCCAGAGCUCUAAUUCCCGUGUAAAUAGUCGGACCUGAAAGUUUUUCAGCAGAAGUCAUUAUAUUCAUUUUCAACAAGCACUUGUUAAAAGUGAUCCUCUAUGCAUGGUCUGAUGCUGGAAUUCUGAUUUGAUUAAACAAAGUCACUUUCUCUAGGGAACCAAUUGGAAACGGAACCCUGAAAACGUACCCAGUCACAUAAGUUCAAUAUACAGAAGCUUCAGUACCACUUCCUCUGAAGUAAUCUAUUUUUCCAGAAAACCCAUCUCCAUCAGGAAGGUUGGAAAGGUGGGGGAGAAGUGGGAGACAGGAAAAUGUUAGUGCCAUUGCUACUUUGAUAAGCCGUGUAUCCAAAAAAUGUGAGAUGUGUGGCUGUCACGAUGAGAGUGGUUUUCCUCUAAAAUGCAUAUACUAGAGAGCAUACAUCUAAGGGAAUAUCGUCCUUCAAAGUAGACUCUUUGGGAAAUUAUCCCUUUAUUCUCGUGAUGUGUCAUUGUUAAAAAGUCUUUUGGAUUCUUCUUGAUAGCUCUAAAAGCUACUGAGGAAAACCAGUGUCAUUAUUUAAAGUCACAUCUUGUGUUUUAACUACCACUGUAUCGAAUAGGAUUAAACCUGAUGAACUUUUUGGCUGUUGUGCCAAUAGUGGAAAUUAAAGAAGCCUGACUUUAUAAAACACCAGUUUUUAAGAGGAAAAAAUUAAGCAGUUUUUAGACAUGUGCAUAAUCAGUUGGCUGCCCAAAUGUUUGGGAGCACAAGAAUUAAGCAUCCCAAGAUAUAAAUCAUAUAGGGAUACGUAAAAGUCAUGCUCAUUGCAAGAUGAGCAGUCUUGGCGUUUUAUGUGGCAUUAUUUAAGACAAUAAAGUUCUACCACAACUCUGGGAUGUCCCUCUUAAACCAAUACUGAAUUUAUGAUUCCAAAUCAAGUCUCCACAGGUUAGAAUCAAAUUAAUUUGGUGUGAGACCAUGAUAGAUAAGAUCACGUAGGAUGUAUGCUUUAUUUCUUGUUGGCCAACAGCUUCUUUAUAAUGUUCUGUGAAAUAUUAUUUUAAGUGUCCUAUAUAAUGGUGCUUUUAUGGUUAUUAAAAAUUAUCUAUGGUAUUGCUUUA